AUGAAUGAUAUGACAUUUAAUUAUGAUCAAAUAUUAAUUCAAUGUUUAACAGAAAGUGACGACAUUCAAUUUCGAUUAUCACGUAUGAAUGAUGUUAGUAAUGCACUUCGAAAACGUAGUCCGAUAUCAAAUCUUCUUAAAAGUUGUCUAUCAACAAGUAAGUGAAGAGAGAUGAGUUUUUUAAAUUAAUUUAAUCCUGACACGACAACCUUAAAGACUGUCACUUGUUGUCAACCUGGGGUCCAUGCGGACCCCAAUUCGAUAAAACAAGAUUAAUACACGAAGUCGAUGUUAUAAAGGAUAAUAAAAUUCGAACAUUACGUGCUAACUGAACACAAUGAAAUGAUUAUUAAGCGUAAACAAGAAGAAGUAAGAUAAACAGAUCAUGAGCAGUUACUUAUUUUUUCCAAAUAUAUCAGAAAAUACACAUUAACUGUAUGUAAUCAUCUGUCGAGAUGCUGAGAACCUUUCCAAGAAGAACAAUCAGAUUGAAAAUGAUCGUAUGUGUAUCUAGUGUCUAAACCGAUAGGUUAUAGAAAGUAAACAUCAAGAAUAAGCUUUUUUUACAAGCAGCAAAAAUUGAUUGAGGAUCUUUUGCUCGAAAUGUAAUUUUUCUUGUACUAGAUAUGUCUUUUCACCUGGAUUCAACAUCUUGAAAAAACUAUGAGAAAGCUUUAACUCGAUUUUUUUAAUAUAUGAACUGAAGAUCCUAAUUAUAUUCUUUGUAAACAUGUAUGUAUUGGUAUUUCUAUCAGCUAAACACAAACAUGAUUGUAGAAAAUAGAUUUUCUGAAAAAUUUUUUCGCUAGAUGAUAAAAAACUAUGAAUGGUAAAGUAUAUACUGAGAAUGAGCAAUGACUUUAAGACAGAAGAAGUAGAAUGUAGACCAUUGCACAAAACGAAUCUGCCUUGGAACAGAAGUUGUUACUGUUUACAAGGAUGAUUCUAGCAGAGCUAAAGAAUAUCUAAACGAUCUUGAGUCCAUAGGAACUCAUACACGAAAAAUUUUUCAGAUGUAACAUUUUUCCUUCUACUACUGCUAGAUGCUCCCAGAAGUUUCAUUGUGAGAAGUUAUUCAGAUGUGAAAGAUUGCAAGAGUUUAGAUUUUGAUGACAAAGAUGGAUAAAUCCGAUUGACGAAGACGCUCACGGAUCUCUCAUGACUUCUGAUCAUAGGGACGUGUGAUUAAUUCCAUUACCUGGAUUCUGAUGAAAUCAUAUGGGAUACUAAUAUAUUUUGCUAAAUUCUCAUUGAAUCACACACAGUCAAAUUAAGAUCCAAUUGUCAGGUCAAUCAUCCUGAAAACAUACAGUCUAUUCUAUAUAUACCAGAAAAAUCGAUAAUGAUUUUGGUAAAAUCUUAGGAAAGAAAGUGCGAGAAUCUGUUGUUAGAUAUGUACAUGUACGCUUAUGUCGGAGACAAACCGAAAAAUUUGUGUAGGUCUCAUUGAAAGAAAACAAUAGUUUUCUCAAAAACAGAUGAUCACAUUCCCUCACUUGAGCUAACCGUAAACAUAACACAUGUCUCAUGAUCCACUUCUAUCUCCUGCUGAUAAUCUUCCAUAGACUCAAGCCAAACUUUUCGAUGUAUAUGAUAAAUCAUGAAAUAUAUUAUCGUGCUUGAUGAAGAUAAAAUAUAGAAUUUCAAUGCAAAAGAAAACAUAAAUAAAUUCUUAAAUUCUAGGUACAUCUAUUAUGCCGUCAAAUGCGCUCAGCUCGAAUGCGUGAAACAACCAAAGAGAUGAGUGCACCUUCUGCUACUAUUCGACAAGGCGUAUGUUAAAAAAGAAAUCUUCUCUUGUCUUCUUAUUUCCUACAAAAAUAUUCUUAGAUUACAAAUGCAGUUGUCAUCGAAAACUUAUUGCUGGUAUCAAUCGUGAUACUUAGGGUGUACCAAAAGUUCUGAUCACGACGUUACAUAGCCAUAUAGUAAGCUUAAAAAAAACUUUCUUUCUAUAUAGUCUAAUAGAGAAAAGAG